AUGCAUAUCAUUGACAACAAAGAUUCGUACAUUGCCAUCCCGCAUGACGAUGACGUUGUUGAGAUCUUCGAGACUGAACAGCAAGAGACGAGGGAGUGGUAUGCUGAGUAUCACACACAAGUACAAGAUCAGAUUCAAGCGGAAGAUAAUAAGAGAAUGGGGGCUCCUCAACCUAUCUGGAUCGGAAGAUACCAUGUUAUUGGUCUACGCGAAGGCCGCGAUCUUCAAGAGCACCUCACCAAUCUUCCCCGGGCACUGAACUAUCAUAUCGAACAGUACAUCCCAGCCAUAAACGGAUAUGCGCUUGACCUACUUCCAUCAGAAACCGAUGCUUUUGACAUUAUACGCGAAGACCCAAAUGUCGGAUUCGUCGUCCUGCUACCAAGAGGUUACUUUUCACCAUACGGCUGGAAAAACUUGGAUGACCCUGAUGACUUGAAUGGCUAUCAUGGUAAAAGGAGUUGGGAAGUUCUUCAGCAAAAGGAUCUAAUGGUUGAAGUCACUGAUGAUGGAGCUGUGUAAGUCCGUUCUUCCUCUUUCCCUCAUCCAUCACCUCAGCUUUCUUGGAAACCACCGAGACUGACAUAGAAAUGACAAGCAAAGUUCCUCUCUCCUACAUUCUUUCCUUUCUCUCUCGAUCGGCAAAGGACAGACACCUUGAGACCCCCUUCCUUCACC